AUGGCUUUGCAGAUGCAGAGCUCCAAGCCUUUCACAAACUCCACGCCUUCGACCGCCGAUGCGCGCAGCCGGCUCUUCCCCCUCGGAACCGUCGUGAUUCGCCAGGAAAUGUUAACGGUGUGGCGGGGCGUCAGAUGCAGCGCCAAUGGAGUCGGAGGCGACGCCGGAAAGAAAAAGGCAGUUCCCAAUUCGAACUAUGUGGUGCCUAUGGACAAGUUCUCGUCCUCCUCGUCCAUCACUCGGCCUCUGAUCGAGAUACUUCGCGACCUCAACAAGAAGAUCCCUGACAACAUCGUCAAGGGCCACGAUCCUCGCUCCUCUGCCGCUUCUUCUGGCUUCAUCCCCUGGUACCAUGCAAAUCGGAUGCUCAGCUUCUACGCUCCCGGUUGGUGUGGGGAAGUUCGAGACGUCAUUUUCUCUGAGAAUGGUAAUGUCACGGUCGUUUAUCGUCUCACCAUUCGUGGCUCUGAUGGCGAGGCACAUCGUGAAUCGACUGGGACAGUAACGACGACUGAUGACCAAAUUGAGGAUCCAGUUGCUGCAGCUGAGGAAAUCGCAUUCUGCAGAGCAUGUGCUCGAUUUGGUCUCGGCUUGUAUCUGUAUCACGAACAGUAG